AAAUCCAAUCGGAGAGAGAGAGAGAGAGCACCGUAACAGUAAAUCGCUAUCCCUUCGUUUUGCUUUCCCUUCUCUGCCCGUUUCAAUUCUCUCUCUCUCUCAGACAUAUUUACGGUCUCUCUCCUUCUCUCUCUCUCUCUCUAACACCUAACAGUACCUACCUCUUCUUCUUCUUCUUCUUCUUCUUCUUUCGCUGACUUCGUUACAGUGUAAUCAAACACCUAUGUCACCGCCGUCGGAAUCUGCCGCCGGUGACAUCCUCCACCGCGGAGUCGAUCCCACGAUCUGGCGCGCUUGUGCCGGUGCAUCCGUUCAGAUCCCUCAACUCUACUCUAGGGUUUACUACUUCCCUCAGGGACACGUCGAGCACUGUUGCGCCUCCUCCCCUCUCAGCUCUUCUCCCCCUCCCUCUACCUCGCCUGUUCCGUGUCGCAUCUCUUCAAUCCAGCUGCUCGCCGAUCCGAUCACCGAUGAGGUCUUCGCUCACCUCCUUCUCCAACCGAUGUCACAGGACCAGUUCGCCCCUACGAAUUUCUCAAGAUUCCCUGCUUACGAAGGCGAUGUUGAUGAUAACAACAAGGUCACUACCUUUGCCAAGAUUCUUACUCCCUCUGAUGCUAACAAUGGUGGUGGCUUCUCCGUUCCUCGCUACUGUGCUGAUUCCGUCUUUCCUCCGCUUGAUUUCCUAGCAGAUCCUCCCGUCCAGAAGCUCUUCAUCACCGAUAUCCAUGGCUCUGUCUGGGAUUUCAGGCAUAUCUACCGCGGUACACCGAGGCGUCACUUGUUAACCACCGGUUGGAGCAAAUUCGUCAACAGCAAGAAGCUUAUCGCUGGGGAUUCGGUCGUCUUUAUGAGGAAAUCCGCCGAUGAGAUGUUCAUCGGUGUGAGGCGAACACCCACUUCAAAUCACGGCGGAGGAACCAGCUACUACGGCGGCGAUGAGUACAACGGUUAUUACAGCCAGAUUAACGGAGCCCUUGCUAAGGAAGAUGACGGAAGUGCUAAGAAGAUGUUCAGGAGGACUGGGAAAGGCAAACUGACUCCUGAAGCUGUCUCUGAGGCUAUGAAUAGAGCAGCUCAGGGUUUAUCAUUCGAAGUGGUGUAUUAUCCAACUGCUGGAUGGUCCGAUUUUGUUGUCAGAGCUGAGGAUGUUGAGUCCUCCAUGUCGAUGUUCUGGACUCCUGGCACGAGGGUGAAGAUGGCUAUGGAGACUGAGGAUUCAUCCCGGAUCACUUGGUUUCAAGGCAUUGUUUCCUCUACUUAUCAGGAAACUGGUCCAUGGCGUGGAUCCCCUUGGAAACAGCUUCAGAUCACAUGGGAUGAACCUGAGAUUCUGCAAAACGUGAAGAGGGUGAAUCCUUGGCAAGUGGAAAUUGUUGCAAAUGCAACUCAACUUCAUCCCACUUUCCCUCCAGCAAAGAGGUUGAAGUAUCCCCAAACCGGAGGGUUCUUGAGCGGAGAUGACGGAGAAAUCCUCUAUCCUCCUCAAAGAGGACUGUCUAGUGCAGCAGCACCUGAUUCAAGUCCCUUUUUGAACUCGUAUACUACAUUUCCUGCUGGCAUGCAGGGAGCCAGGCAUUAUGAAUUUGGGUCUCACAAUCCAACCGGAUUCAUUGGAGAAAAUCCUCCUCAGUUAUCCACCAAUAACUUCUUUAGUCCGCUUCCUGGGUUGGGAAAAGUGUCGACUGAGAAGAAUUUUGGAAGUCCGCCAUCAGACAACUUAUCGCCAAAUAGUAACAGCACUAAUCUGUCCUCUGGAAAUGACCUGGUUGGAAACCGAGUCCCCAAUACAGCAAAAGCUAACUCGAUUAAGUUAUUUGGCAAGACCAUUACGGUGCAGGAGCCUUCUGAGAGUGGCCUUGCAGAGUCUGGCUUGUGUGAAGAGGAUGGCAGCAAAGAGUCCAGCGACAAUACAACACAAUUGUCCUUGACACAUGGUCCCAGAACCCGUGAAGAUUCUAGGUGCACUCCAACAGCCACGCAGAGUAUAUCUGCCAAGGUCUAAAAAAAGUGAAAGAAGUGGUGGAUCUUCACUGGAAUAUCACAAGUCACAAGUAAAAUAGUAGUACUAUCAUAUAUAUAUAUGUCUGGUGUUUCUGCAUUUGACUUUCCUCUGGUGUUUUUUUUUUCUUUCUUUGCCACGUGACAAUCUGGUUUUUUUUUUUUUUAAACAUUUUUUUUUACCAAUUUCUCAGACACAAUUGAUGAACAUCUCGCUCUCUCUCCUAAUCGUGAUUAACUAUUACAAUAUUGGGGUAAAUUUGUCUGGAUUUGUUUUA